AUGGCUUCCAGCAGCAGCCAGAGACGCGUAAAGACAGGUACGCACUUAACGUGCAGAAAACGGCACCUCAAAUGCGACGAGCACAGACCGGAAUGUAAGCGCUGCGAGAAAGCUGGUCGAUCAUGCUUCUUUUCUGAAGGACCCCGCCCCAACAGCCUAGAUGGCACUGCUCUGGGGAACAGUGAAUAUUUUGUCUUUCCAGAAGACCAUGUUUGGGUCAAUGUUCCAUCUUCUGCUAUGAGUACUCCUGUUGGAAGCUUAAUCGAAGCUCUCAACUCAACUCUGCCCAUAUAUCUACCACAACCACGAGAGGUUGUGAAGGAUCCAGAACAAGCGCGUCUGUUGACUCUCUAUACUGAUCAUCUAAGCGGAUGGUUGGCAUUAAAUGAUCCAAGGCAUCACUUCUCAGCAUCUGUGCCUCUGCUGGCUAUGAAAUGUCCUAUGCUUCUCGACGCAAUCUUUGCAUUCUCAGCGCGGUAUCUGAGCCGCUCUGAUCCUAAUUUUAAUCCACUACUGGCAGAUGAAUAUCAUUACAGUUCAUGCGCCUCUGAGAGCGCACUGGCACUAUCGACGGUAAUUCUACGAAUGCACGAGAUGCUUGGCGAUCACAAUGCUGAGGGUGACCUACAAAGUCAUUUGCGAGGCUCAUUAUCUCUUUUCAACCAUAAUGCAAACAAGUUUGGACCUGGCAGUCUCAAGCACACUGCAUUCUGGACAUAUGUCCGCCAGGAAAUCUUGACUGCUCUGCGCGGUUGUUGCCCGACUAAUAUCGACACCUCAGAUAGAACAUACUACGUCGUGUUUGAUGGAGACUCGGAUGAUGAUUGGACGAAUAACAUCAUCUGGAUCACUGCACGAGUUGUUAACCACUACUUUGGCACAGACGUAUCCACAACAGCUUCUGAGCAUCACAACAUGUUGAUCAAGUUGGUGGAUGACUGGCGACGGGGCCUGCCGAAUACAUUCGGUCCACUUUCCAUAAUAGUGACUGAUGAUAAUUCAUUCCCCGCGAUUAAUUAUCCGUGUAUUUGGCAUAGUAAGUUGUUUUAUCUAAUACAUAUUCUCAAGUUGGGCUAG